UGUUUAUACUGUUUAAUAUUAGAGCUGUGGCAGGUUUUGGGAGGGGGAUGGGGUCAAGAACUGCCAAAGCUUUUUGAAGGAUAGGAAGUAACAAAUGGUGAGCCUUUUGAAAAAGUAUGAAUAGUUGUUGCAAAUCUGUCCGAGCUUUCUUCCAUAAAACUGUCAACGCUCUGAGUUUACUGAUAUCCCGACUUCCUAUUUGUUUCACAGGUAAUGUUUUGCUGCUUCACUGGUGCUUAUAAGCUGAUGUAAAUUAUUUACACUGGCAAAACUCAGCACACGUCCUUUUCUGACCCCAUGUGUACUACAGAAGAAUCUGAGAAUAACAAUGAACAAAGUGUAACACUUUAAUUUUGUUGCAAGUCCCUCCUGUUUGUGUCCUAAGGGAGGGAGUGCAGUUGAAGUCCAACUCCUGUUUGGAAUGCUUCAUUUGAGCACAAAUUAAAGGGGGGAGUAAAAGAAUUAUGUAGUUUAACAACCUCAAAAUGUAUUAGACAGCACAAUAACAUUACCUGAAUGGGAGUGGGAGUAAACAUUUUAUUACUGCUGAGCACUACUCUAAAUCGAGAUCAUUUCUCUCCAUGCCUACAUGAGUAAUGAGUAUGAGUAAUGUAAUGAGCAGGACUCAACAGGAAAUACUGGGCAUGUCCUGAUAUGAAAUUACUUGGUCCUUCCCUCUGGCACACUAAAGAAACUCUGCUUCUCUCCCAAACCACUCCCUCUAACAAGUAUGAGCAAGCAACAAUGAUAAAGCACAUCAGAACAGGGAGGUUCCUCCCCUGCACCGGCUCAGCUACUCUACACGGCAUUAUUACUCAAACCUGACUUUAAGAGAGUCAGGAGUUAGCUCUCGCGAUAGCUAUGGACUUCAGUCUUUGGACUGAUAAUGUGUAACGUGAAAGCUUCAUUGGACUUCCAGCAGAAACACUAUCCUGCAACUUAGUACUGAGACUGUUGAAUUUGUGAGUCUUGGCUGUGGAGGUCUGCUGUGAUAAGAUCUUCUUAGGCCUACAGAAGUCAUGGAUCUGACACUGUGGCAGUAUCAGUUCCGCAUCAUCAUGCUUGGCGACUCUACGGUGGGCAAGUCAUCCAUGCUGAAGCGUUACACGGAGGACCAGUUCCUGGAGUGUAUUAACGAGACGGUUGGAGUGGACUUCUACGUGCAUUUCCUGGAGGUGGAGCCUGGUAUGAUGAUCAAACUCCAAUUCUGGGACACAGCUGGACAGGAGAGGUUCAGGUCAGUGACACGCUCCUACUACCGGAACUCAGUUGGAGGCCUGUUGGUGUUCGACAUAGGGAACCGCGCCUCGUUUGAGCAUGUGAGAGACUGGUAUGCAGAAGUGUGCGAGCAUGUCAUGCCUCAUGCCAUGAUCUUCGUGCUGGUGGGCCAUAAGAGCGACCGUGAGUUGGACGGAGAGCGCACUGUUUCCAAAGAGGAGGCUGAGAAGCUGGCUGCUCAGCUCGGAACAACAUAUGUAGAAGCUUCGGCCAAAACGGGCCAGAAUAUCCAAAUGUGCUUUGAGGUACUGACACGGCGAAUCUACCAGGGGCUGCAAAGUGGAGAGGUGAAGCUGAGAGAGGGCUGGGAUGGAAUAAAGAGUUCAGCCCUACAAGCACAACAAUUACAGAGUCUCCAAGAAAGUGAGCAAACAAAGGAGAAAAAACGCUGCUGUUAGCCCCUUACAAACUGUCUAUUAAUUAUACUAUAAAGGGAACAUUGCAUCAUUGAUGUCCAAUGUCUAAAGAUUCCUCUAAGAGACUAUUAUCAAUAUGGUGACCUGAUGCUGAUACUUACUAAGUAUCACCAUCAAGCAUUAUUCCCUAAACACCUGAUUUCACCAGUUUGAUUUCCUUUCUGAAGGAAUGAGAUCUUACAGGAGCUAUGAAAUCUGCUGUUUUGACAUAUUUCUAGCAGGAACAGAAAAUUCCUUAAAAUUACAAUAGCAAUGUGGAGCAAAAUUUACCCUUAAAAAAGCAGAAUUUCCUUUUUUUUAUUAUAUGUUUUAUACUUUUUACAGAUGGAUGUGCAUUUUCUUUGCUUGAUUUAGAUAUAGGAAGUUUACAAGAUAGAAGUUUACCUGAUACUAGAUCGUGAAGCAUAUCUGAGAUAAUGUUAUAAAUAUGUCAUAUAUACGGAGAGGCAUUACAUGAAAAUAUUUAAGUAUAAAAAUAUAUGGUUGUAAAGUUGUAUCUACUUUGGCUUUAUUGAAAAUCAAAACAUGGCUCAGUAUCUUAAAAUCACAUAAUUGUCAAAUAGAAGCCUAUAAUUCCUAGGUCUCAUUUUGGGUAAUUAGUUAUUUAACUGGGGUGUUGUCCAGACUCUGUUUCAGGGUACACAGCUGUUGCAUUGUCUCUCUGCUGCAUUACAGCCAUAUUAGCAUUGUCCUUUUCAUAUUUUGGUAAGACACUUUGGGAUACAUACUGUAUAUCUUACAAUAAAAAUUCCAAAAGACAAAUCUCAGCUCAGCGUUUUUCCUCAGUGCAUUUGCAUAAUGUUUCUGCUUAAGAAUAGAUUUUUUAAAAAUGUAUUUUAUAUCUAACCAAGAUAUUUCUGAAUCGUAAUAAUAAGAAUGAUAAAUUAUUCAAUCAGACUCUGUGU